AAAAAAAAAACCUAACAGCAGCGUCCACAGUGCAGCAGCGCUCACUGAGGAAGAGGAAGAGGAAGAGAGAGCAGGUUGAACGGAUUAAAGGCGUCGCUGUUCAGUGUCACAUCCCAACAUCAUCAGCACCACCACAAACCAGGACCACUGGGAAAGAGCAUUUAAUUAACCGACUCGUUUAGAAAUUCACUCCCCCCCCCUUUAAAACAUGUCUGUGGGUAGUGACUUUGGGAACCCCUUAAGAAAAUUCAAACUGGUCUUUCUGGGGGAGCAAAGCGUUGGGAAGACGUCUCUGAUCACGAGGUUCAUGUAUGACAGCUUUGACAACACAUAUCAGGCCACAAUCGGAAUAGACUUCCUGUCAAAAACGAUGUACUUGGAGGACCGAACGGUGUGUCUCUCUGAUCCCCAGGUGAGGUUGCAGCUGUGGGACACGGCAGGACAGGAGCGCUUCAGGAGCCUCAUUCCCUCCUACAUACGAGACUCUACUGUGGCCGUGGUGGUUUAUGAUAUUACAAAUGUGAACUCCUUCCAGCAAACGUCCAAAUGGAUCGAUGACGUCAGAACGGAGAGAGGAAGUGAUGUCAUUAUCAUGCUAGUUGGCAACAAAACAGACUUGGGAGACAAGAGGCAGAUCACCAUAGAGGAAGGAGAACAGCGGGCCAAGGAGCUCAGCGUCAUGUUUAUUGAGACCAGCGCCAAGACGGGCUACAACGUCAAACAGCUGUUUCGGCGUGUGGCGGCUGCCCUCCCCGGGAUGGAGAGCAUGCAGGAGACGAGCAAGGAGGGAAUGAUUGACAUCAAGAUGGACAAACCGCAGGAGCCUCCGACCACUGAAGGCGGGUGCUCCUGUUGAUCCUGAUUGGAGGUUUUUCAACCACUUGCUUGUUGUGUUGCUUCCUAUUGGUUAGCUUCCACUUGAGUUUUCAGAUUAGAAUCUGGUCUUUUCAUCUAAAUGUUGGUUAUCGGUUGGAAACUAGCGUGAUACACAUAGAAUACUGUACUUUAUUAACGAAUAUUGCCAACAAAAAAAAAAAAAGUCUUAAAAAGUAUUACAAUGAUCAAAAUCAUGAAUAAAAAAAGUCCCUUAACCACAUAAAACAUACGUAAUAUAUUUGUUUUUGUAAAAGUAGAAUAGAAUGUUUUCUUCUUCUUUGUCUUCUUUUUUUGUAUUUUUGUAAUGUUAAAGAAAAUAAAAAGACACAGACAAAUUCUCCUCUUGGUUAGAGGCUCAAAUGGCACCCUGUUGUUGUUCCCUAUAUAUAGUGCACAAAUAAGGCCCUGGUCAAAAGUAGUGCACUCUGAAGGGAAUAGGAUGUCAUUGUGAUGGAAAGAAAGAGCUGAAUUGGAACACGCAGCCUAAUGACUAGAGAGGGCAAACUGACCAGUAACUUUUCACUGAAUAUCUAAUGCAUGCAUGCCAAUUAUUACUAUUAUUACUAUUAUUACUAUUAUUACUAUUAUUAUUAUUACUAUUAUUACUAUUAUUAUUAUUAUUAUUAUUAUUAUUUUAGGUAGGCUUAUUAAUGUACUGUCUGCUGAUGUACACUGUUUACAUAUGAAAAUGUUCUUAACUUA